CGGAGACACUAAAAAAAGGAGUCUACUUCGAUAGUUUUGCUGCAAUGGCCCCUUGGAAAAGCGCAAAAAUAAAACAGAUCAGAUUCACAGCACAUCGGACUCCAAUGCGUCUCCUGCAAAGUUCAAAAGCUACAAAACAAUUGUGGGAGAGAAUUGUUACGUUUUCAAGUAUAGUCCCUUUUGGGUCGUGGAAUGGCUUCAGUGCAACAAGAAGCUGGCGCCUGGCUUGAAUGACGGGCCGUUGGACUGGAGCUUAGUGGUUGCUAGAUCACGUUCAAAUCAAGCUUUGCUCCUAUCUUUCUGGUUGAUAUUCACCAAUGCAGCUUGCGGAAGAAUGCAGCGCCGCCAUACAGCCAACCAAACAGAUUUUGUAAGAAGCAUUUGAAAAAGUCAGAAAGCAUCUGGGCGUCCCCAGGAAACGUCAGGCAAAAUGCAGGAUGUGAGCGAACGUACUGGAACUGCAUUGGAAGAGAGCCAAGUGCGCGCCUCGGCAGGUCCACCAGAGCUGAAUGGGUUUCAAAGAUUGACCAUAGAUGUCUCUGACACUGGGACGUCGAUGGCGCCGCUAGAGCUGGUCUCCCUGGGCGAUGGGCUUGACAAUGUGGUUUCGUCCACGUCGAGAAGUUUUGCCGCUUACCGCGCCCUCGAAACCGAGCGCCCCGACGCCCUCUUCCAAGAUCACCUCGCGGAAUACCUGGCCGGUGCUGCCGUGCUCGAAAAGCAGCGGGCGCAGCUCGCAGAGGGGAAGAACCCGGGGGUGCGCUUUGCCGUGCGCACCAAGUACUUUGACGAUGCGCUGAUGUCAGCGGUUGCGGAGAUCAAGGAGGCAACACCGGAUGCGAAGAUACAGGUCGUCAUCUUCGGCUGCGGAAUGGAUGCCCGCACCUGGCGGCUCCCGGAGGCCUCGUCACCGGACGCCCCUUCUCCGGACGCUCCAUCUCCCGACGCUUCCUCUUCGGACAUAAGCGCAGGCACAAACUCGAGUGCGCAGAUAGCUGAUGCUGCGCCGCUGGUCGAGACUGUCUUCGAGGGGGAUCGUCCUGACGUCAUCAAGUUGAAGCGGCAACUACUGGGAGAGCUCGAGGGGAUGGGGAGGCUGCCGCCGCUGCGGUUGGCACGGAGGCGAGUGAUGCUACCGAUCAAUCUGAAUGAUGCUACGUGGCAAGAUGUGCUCGUCGAAGAGGGCUAUCGCGUUAGCGAACCGACGGUGUGGCUCUUUGAGGGGCUCGUCAUGUACCUGGAUCCUCCGGCAGUGAUCGACCUGCUAGAGAGCGCCGCCAGGCUCUCGGCCCCCGGGAGCGUGAUGCUCGUGAGCGGGAUCAGCGACCAGGCGGUGACACGUGGCAAGCAGUCCGCGUCCCUCGUGCGCCGCUCUUGGACGUGGGGAUGCCGCGAGCCGGAGGCCUUCUUCAACGCGCACGGCUGGCACGUGCGGAAGGUGGAUGACGUCACCAAGGGGAUGUUCGGGCGGGAGCUCCCGACGACGCCCGGGCGAGAGCCGAACCUGACGUGGUAUCUAACAGCGGUUAAGGUUUAGGUUAAGGUCAAGGGGUUGCGUGCAGUUGGCCGGAGUAGUCGGCAUGUUGUGGGUUGAGUGGAACGGUUUGUGAACCUUAAGGCCCAGGGAAGGUGGGCAAGUAGUUGGGCAGCAACUUUAUGACUGACAGUUUGUGCGUAAACUUUUAUCCGGACGAUAAAACUCGGACAGAACAUCAAGGGCGGCAAUUGGCUAUCUUGCCGUUCGCGAGAGUGGCUUGCGGCUAAGAGCAAAAAGCAUCGGCUAGCUGUCGAUCAGAGACCUGGCGGGCUGCCAGACGGGCUAACGACGGGUUAAUAGCAGAUUAAGAAAGGAUUGGUCAGGUUCGCGUCAGUCGCUUGUUCUAAGCGAGAUAAGAGCGCUAGAAGCGUUGAUCGGAUUGCGACGCCGCUCAUGAAGCGAAGCAAUCGUAGGUGAAGGCUCGUAGACGUUCUUUUCAUACGCAUGCACAGCCGUGAUGCAGUAGCGAUAAGGUGCAAAGUCCGGUUUUGUGUGGUUAGCCUAACGGCCGCAAGGCCCCGAAACCUUCUGUUGUCAACGUACCAGACCAUCCAGAUAGACAGAAGCAAGGUGCAUAAAUCGGUAGACGCCAGGCAAGGUGCGCAGAAGCGCGUUCUACUCUGCAAUAGAGAAGCUUUGACCUGCCGCUUGCAACUCAUUGGCUGCAACACAGGUAAUGCUGGUUGCACCAGAGAACUUGUAGUGUGCUGUCCCUUCACAAGCAGCUCUUAUGUAGGUGCAGGUUCUGCAACUUCGUAAUGAAGCUCGCCUAUUCAAAACGUCCGAG